AUGGCGCCUAGUGGUGCGAAUAUGCUUGGUUCCACAGGAACAAGAUCUGUCUCAUUGCGCUCAGCGCAAGUGCAGUCGCUUUUGUCUAUGCUGAACUUUAAUGACCCGGCCUUCUCUCAUACGACCGGUCGCAGCUCGGUGAAACCAGACGAAUCUAUGCCUACCGUGGCUGCACCGCCCGUGUGGAAGAUUCUUAUUAUGGAUCCAACGAGUACAGAUAUUUUGGCUACAAGCCUACGCGUGCAAGACCUUCGAGAGAAUGGUGUCACUCUACAUUUGCAACUGCAUAGCGAUCGUCCUGCUUUGCCAGAUGUACCAGCCAUAUAUUUUGUAUCUCCCACAAAUGAGAAUGUGGCGCGGAUAGCAAAGGAUGUGUCUCAAGGACUAUACGAAUCGACAUAUAUCAAUUUCACCUCCAUGGUGUCUCGGUCUGUGCUGGAGCAGUUAGCACAGGGUGUCGCACGAACUAGUGGUGCUGGUGCACAGAUCCGUCAAGUGUAUGACCAAUAUCUUGACUACAUUGUACUCCAGCCCAACCUAUUCCAGCUUCUUCCGAAAGGGCGCGAGUCCAACUCAGCAGCGGCAGCCUCGUCGCAUAUUCCCACAACGUACGAACAGCUACACAACCCACAACAUGGCCAGGAACAUGUUGAGGCAGAGACCGAUCGCAUUGCUGGGGGUUUACUAUCGGUUUUCGCUUCUAUGGGAACACUUCCGAUCAUUCGGGCGCCGCGUGGAAGUGCUGCCGAGCUUGUCGCUCGCAAACUUGAGUCGAAACUACGUGAUCAGUCAUCUGCCUCGCGUGGGGUAGCGGGACUCUUUGCCGCCACAUCGAACUCAUGGAAUAAAGAACGCCCUGUCCUCGUUUUGAUGGACCGUAAUGUGGACAUGGUGCCCAUGAUCGCUCACUCCUGGACAUACCAGGCCCUUGUGUAUGAUGUAUUGGAUGCAAAGCUGAAUCGCGUGACGGUUCAGGAGUCAGACAAACCCGUGGCUGCUAAGCGCUCGUACGACUUAGAUGCUAAGGACUAUUUUUGGGCAAAGAAUGCCGAAUUGCCAUUCCCACAGGUUGCCGAAGAUAUCGACGCAGAACUGAAUCAGUAUCGGCAAGAGGCGAACGAGAUCAUGCGAUCUACAGGUAUUAACAGCAUGGACGAGGUUGGUCAGCUCGAUGCAUCGUCGAAUGCCUCACAUCUCAAGGCAGCUGUGACUGCGUUGCCCAAACUUACGGCGAGAAAACGCACAAUUGAUGCUCACAUGAACAUUGCGACCGCUCUUCUACAAGGUAUAAAGACCCGUGGCUUGGACGAAUUAUACCAGAUGGAAGAGGCCAUUACCCGGCAAAGCAAGUCCGCUAUUCUAGAGGCGCUUCAGAAUCCAGCCAUGCAGAAUCCCGAAGACAAGCUGCGGCUCUUCCUUGUAUACUACUUGUCGACACCCGAUGCCUCGCUGAGCCGCAAGGAAGUGGAAGAUUUUGAAGCUACUCUUCGUGCGCAAGGGGUGGACUUAGCUGCUCUGAUGUAUGCGAAGAAGGCGCGGGAGAUUAUGCGUUUUACCCUUUCGACUCCAACGCUAGCGCCGACACAGGGUGGUCAUGAACUGUUCAGGGGAUUCGGCUCACUUAGCAGCCGACUAACCGACAAGCUUAAGGACAGUCGACUAGAACAUCUCGUUGCCGGUGUCAAAAAUUUUCUGCCUGUGCAAAAAGACUUUACUGUCACGCGCUUGGUUGCCUCGAUCAUGGAUCCAGCCGGCAGUAAUGCACAGACCCUCCAAGAGACAGACGACUAUCUGUGUAUUGAUCCUCGGCAGCCUCGGGGACGUGGCACGGGAAUGGCACCAGGCGGUGCCAAAGCUCGUCAGCCAUUUGCACAUGCUAUAGUGUUCGUCGUGGGUGGUGGAAGCCACGUCGAAUUUGCUAAUCUCCAAGAAUACGUCACGCGAUCAGUGUCCGUGUCCGGUGGUAUUGCGCCCGGCACGUCGAGUCAGAAGAAAAUCACGUACGGAAGUACAGAAAUUCUCACUCCAUCCGAGUUUCUUCGCACCUUGGCUGUGUUGGGCCGUAUGUAG